AGAAGCUGAACCGUCAAAACAUAAACAGAGCUAGCACACACUCGUGAGCGCACAUAGUCUUUAAUUUGACUGUUUCUUUUGACACGCAUUCUUCAUGUCGUGUGUUUUUACUCCAAUAUUUUCUAUAGCUAUAGCUAGCUAAGUAACGUUAGUAUAGUAGGUUGAAGACAGUAAAUCUGCGCCGAAGAUUAGAAUAAACGACGUACUGUAGCUAGCUACGCUCGUUGGGCCUACGACUUGUAGUUAGAGGCUCUCCUCCUGUCCACACGAAGAGAGAAGCAGGAUGGCUGAGGCAGAUGGUAAAUCCAGUGAGCUUAAUGGUGGGUCUGAGGAGCCAGAUCCAGGAGAGGACCAGCGUGGGGAGGGAGAUGCUUCCACAGCCACAGAGGAGCAGUCUGACUCUCAAGCAGCUCCCAAAAAGGCAGAAGACAGAGCUAAGGACAAGCCAAUGCCAGAUGCAGAGGGUGAGAGGGUGCCUGGCGAGGGAGAGGAGGAGGAAGACACGGACAGCGUGGACGGCAGCGGCCUCUACUCCCUGAACGAGGAAGGGGAGCGAGAUGGUGAGGGGGGUAGAAGAGAGCGAGUGAAGGAGAGAGAUGCAGGUAAGAGGGCCGCUAGAAAGAGGAACUGCCCGAGCGGUGGCACCGCUCACCACUCCUCCAGCUCUGAAGUGGAGGAUGAUGAUGAGGAGGAGGAAGAGCAAGAAGAGGAAGACGAGCAGGCCAUGGACGUGUGGCUGGGGGCGGAGCUGCGUGAUCUUAGCAAGCCAUCAUGGCGGUCGGUGCCCUCCCUGCGGUUGAGGGAGAUUGGCCGGGGCUCGCACCAGUUUGUGAGACGUGUGUGUGGCGCACGGGGGCUGGUCCAGAGGCUGGAGCUACAAGGGCGCCUGGAGAGACACACCGGCUGUGUGAACACCCUGCACUUCAACCCCUCAGGCACACGCCUGGCCUCUGGCAGUGAUGACCUACGAGUGGUGGUGUGGGACUGGGCACGUCGUCGGGCUGAGCUGGAGUUUGACAGUGGGCAUAAGAGCAAUGUCUUUCAGGCCAAGUUUCUUCCCCACAGUGGAGAUUCAACUCUGGCCAUGUGUGCCCGGGACGGUCAGAUUAGAGUGGCUGAGCUCUCUGCCAUGCAACGCUGCAAGAACACCAAGAGAGUGGCUCAGCAUAAAGGGGCAGCACACAAGCUGGCCCUGGAGCCAGACUCUCCCUGCUGUUUUCUGUCGGCUGGAGAGGAUGCCGUGGUGUUUGGCAUCGACCUUCGGCUCGACCGGCCUGCCAAUAAGCUGGUGGUGGUGAAGGAGGGGGACAAGAAAGUGGGGUUGUAUACCAUCUUUGUGAAUCCUGUCAACACACAUCACUUUGCUGUGGGAGGGAGAGAUCAGUAUGUCAGGAUCUAUGAUCAGAGGAAGAUAAAUGAAAAUGUUAAUAAUGGCGUACUGAAGAAGUUCUGUCCAUCUCACCUGGUGUCCAGCGAGUCCAAAACUAACAUUACCUGCUUACUGUACAGUCACGAUGGAACAGAGCUCCUGACUAGUUACAAUGAUGAGGACAUCUACUUGUUUGACUCCAGCCACAGUGAUGGUGCAGAUUAUUGCAGGCGAUACAAGGGCCAUCGCAACAACGCUACAGUGAAGGGGGUUAACUUCUAUGGUCCUAGCAGUGAGUUUGUGAUCAGUGGCAGUGAUUGUGGACACAUCUACCUGUGGGACAAGGUCUCAGCUCGCAUAGUCCAGUUCAUGGAGGGAGACAGAGGAGGAGUGGUGAACUGCCUAGAGCCCCACCCUCACCUUCCAGGUCUGGCCACCAGUGGUCUGGAUCAUGAUGUUAAACUUUGGGCCCCCACUGCCGAGAACCCCACAGGGCUCAAGGGCCUCAAAGACGUGAUGAAGAAGAACAAGCGUGAGCGUGACGAGGACACUGUUCGACAUGGCGAUCAGUACGACACACAGCUCCUGUGGUUCCUCAUGAGACACAUGAGAAACAGACGGUCCCAGAGGACACGUCGGGAGGGUGCAGAGGGAGACACUGAUGAGUCAUGGAGCUCUCCAGAUUCCUCUGAUGAAGAGGAUGGAGGGCCAGACCACGUCCAGUGCAUGUCCUCCUGAGCCAAAAAGAUAUACAAGCCAGCCACACACACACACACACACUGCAUUGCCCUGGUAUUGAUGCAUAUAUGCAGGCACUAUUGGCUCACACAUGAACACCGAGACCAUGAAGUAACAGUAAAAAGGUACACACACACACACAGACAUACAUACAUACAUACAUACAUACAUACAUACAUACAUACAUACAUACAUACAUACAUACAUACAUACAUACAUACAUACAUACAUACAUACAUACAAACAACUGAAAGGGAGUGUGACUAGUAUAGACAGACACAAAACCUCACUUCUAAUCAGACAGGGAGUGAUUGUAGGCAAUUGUGUUCAUGCACAGUCUGAGGUGAGGGGGCUGAUACACUCUCAACCCUGAUUUUGUUCUAACCUGUGUUCUAGGGAGGCUGAUGAGUGCUCACAUCCUUACACAACCAGUAAGACUCAUCUACACCCACACUUAUGCUCUGCCAAGCCAGAGAACAUAAGAACUUCAACAUCACACACAUCUCACAAUCAGUUGUCCGUCAUCUGCAAUGCAGACGUUACCCCCCUCUCUUUCCCCUCUACUUUUCUGUUGGGGGAUUUGAAGAAAGGGGUUGAUGUACCUUCAGACCUUUUGAUCAACCCUAAAAUGUGAUUCAUUCAUUUUUUUUUUUCAAGGGCCAAACCAGAGCCCCUAACAACCUCUGUAGGGUUAGCCUCAGAACAUCUGCAUGUGGGCAAUCAGCUUAGCCUGCAGAUGGCUCAUACCUGGUGACUGCAUCCCUUAUACUCUGCUGUUUUUUUUUUCACACUCCCUCAGCCCAACGCCUUCCAACCCCCCCCCACACCUCCCAUCCCAUGCUACUGAGUGCACUUUAAUCAGGGAUGUUUGGGUUUUAUAGACAAAGUGUGCGCUGGGGGGGCCAACCAUGCAUUGUUAUGAAACAUUGGCUACGUUGGCUCCCCAGAACACCUCAGUAAAGCAAAGGCUCGUUGUAAAAUGAGGGCGGUAUUUGACUAGUUGUUUAGUUUGGGAUAUGCACUUAGCAGGGGUGUCUUGAACAGAGCUCCAGCUGACAGAUUCCCUUUCCUUCCAUCAACUUAACCCCCUCCCUCCUUCACACUCCUCCUGGACGAGUACCCUGACCUAAGCCUCUACCUCCCUAAAGGCCUUCCCACGCUGUACGUCAAAAUCUGUAUUUUACCAUUAUUACAUGUCACACUGUGCGAUGUUACCAAAUUAAAAUCUUGAUAUCAACCUGGCCAGAUUGUACAAUUUGCUUCAGUUUUGUCGUCACAUUCUGCGAUUGGCUAUUACAACUGCAGCAGUGUAUUUGAUCUGUGCAUGUGCCAGCACCAGCAGCGCAAGCCUCCCAAGCAUAUUCGGAGAAAAUUAAAGUAUGCAUCUUAGAAAUAGUUUUCACAUACAAACGUAUAUAUGUCUGAAUUCAGAAUCAAAUAGGCUUCCCAAAAAUAACAUGGUCGUUGUGGUGGAACUUUUAUUUUGAUUGGCGAUUUUUAGCAUUUAUCAAAUCCCAUCAAGUAGCCUGGUUUCAGAUGUCAUGUAAACAAGAUAAUUAGGGAAAUCGUUCUUGCAAAGCAUGUAAAUGUUUAAAUCAAACCAUUAUAUUAAUCUGACUUAAUGUGUGCAUAAUCAGUGUCAGCCAUGUUCUUAUUAGUCGUAACACCAGCCACACAACACGAUAAAGGCCCAACAUUUCUGACACGGCUAGAACUUUGUCGAGCCAUAGACACGGACGACCCAAGAUGUCCGACAAUUGUUUACGACCUAAGAAUUUGACCACGAUGUGGAUAAUUUGGCUGUGAUGCCAAUAUCGUGGCAUAAGAUGGCUGAAAUCAUAGUCUGUGCAAGCCUUAACCCAUCCUUCUCUGAGAGUACACGCUAUUGUGCUGGAGGGCUGCUCAGGAGCACCUGAAUGGUCUCAUUGUGUAUAUAUACAGUACAUCCAAAAGGAUUCUCACUUUUCUGUUUGAAGAGCCCUGAAUAUACAUACAUCCACGGCUCAUGCCAGCUAGCAGUCUCUGCCAGAGUUCAAACUCCGAAAAGGAGAAGCGGGGGUUUGAUCAGUCUCUGGAGAUCAAAGCAUCUGGGUAGCAGUGCUGAUCUUGGAUCUGUUCAUAUAAUCUUAUUCAUUAAGAUCUGAAACUGAUCCUGGAUCAGCACUGAGAUGCUUUGUGGAUACGGCCCAGAUGUAAAGACUGCUGUUUGGCUCUCUUUGAACUUUGUGGGAUUUAAGAAGCCGUUCCUCAAUCUGUAUUUGAGGCCAUCUGCCCUGUCAGACCUUCCGGGGGGACAGGAGGGAAGAUCGAUCUGCUUGCCAGUUGUUUUUGUUUGAGAGCGAAAAGUCCAUCUUUUUCUCUUUUUGUAUGAGAUUAUAAAUGUUUGAUGAAUUUAUGUACAUAUAUUAAAACUGUAUAGAAAUAAUCUUUAGCAAUGUUUGACUUAAGAAAAUGUCAAAAUAUUGGAUUGAUAUUGAUGCAGAGGUUUAUUAUAUAUGAGGACAAAGUACUUUUAAAAUGAAGAUACGAAGAUGGCUUUAGUUUUAGUUUUUCUUCUGUAAAUGACAUCCCCAAUUGUUACAGUAUAUCGGUAGGAUUCAGUUAAACAAUGAAUCAAGUUUGGUUCCUUCUCAUUUUCAAUUUACAAUUUUCUCUGUCCCGCUCCCUGUUUUUAUUUGUUCUUGUAUAUAUAUUUAGGCUUUUGAUCAAUGAUUUAUCCCACUGCUGCCUAAUAUUGUGUUCUACCGGUUCAGUUGGAAACAUGUAUGAUUUGUGCAAUAAACAGAAGACUGUCCCUUGUUAUUUUGA